UUGCGGCGUCGACGCGAGGAAGCGACGCGGGGGGGGAAGGCGCGAGAUGGCGAUGGCGUGGGGACGGCGGCGACGACGUCGACGGUGCCGGAGCACUUGUAUCGAGCGCUCAAGGUGGUGUGGCGACGCGACGGCGACGCGGACGACGACGCGUACUCGGCCAAGGAGCUGCGGGAGAUUUUUGAAACCUUUGGUCGCAUCGAGGACGUCGUGAUUCGCGAGGGGAAGAAGAAGAAAGGCAGCGCGCUCGUCGUGUUUGCAGACGGCGACGCGUGCGCCACGGCGUCUGGGGCGACGUGUGGGCGGUCGAGUAAUCCGUUGGUCGUCGCGCGCGCCGCGAUUCCUCCGAAAGUCGACGCGGGGGAACCGGCGAAGCGACGGGACGACGCGGCGUCGGGAGGCGUUUCACCGGCGCCGGCGAGCGAAACGACCGCGGCUCGAGCGCCGAGCGUCGCGAAUCUAGACUUUGAGAGCGUGGUGCUGGAGCGAUUGAAACGCGCGCAAGAGCGCGCUCGGCUCGUCGCAGAGGCGGAAGCGGAAGGCGACGACGAAUCGUGA